GAUGCGGUAGAGUAGGAGUUGGGGGGGAAAAAAUAAAAACAGCUCAAUUAGCUGAACAUCAGAUUAAUAAAUGACCGAGACGCGUUUAUCGGCUCAUCGUCUCCGAGAUCAGACCUCAGACUCCACAUCUGGACUUUCAGCCUCAGACAUGUCCGCGGUUUUGUUUAUUCUCUGAGGAGCCGCUGCUGUUCAGGCUGCUUUAGCUGUAGCGUUAGCUUUAGCUUUAGCACAGAGAGUCCGGCUUUGGCUGUGAGGAAGAAAACGACACGUAACGUUAUGUGGAUGAACUUUGACGAUGAAUGGACUAUCGGUCAGUGAGUUGUGUUGCCUGUUCUGUUGCCCCCCUUGCCCGAGCCGCAUCGCUGCCAAGCUCGCCUUCCUGCCCCCUGAGGCCACCUAUGCCCUCCUGCCGGACCUGGAGGCUGGCACGGUGCAGACCGGCUCCACCACUGGCUCCAGCCUUCGCUCGCGGGGCGGAGGGGGCGGUGGGGGUACGGGUGGAGGAGGCGGAGGUGGGGGGACCACCGGAGAGGGGCGCUGGAAGCUUCAUCUCACGGAACGGGCGGAGUUCCAGUAUUCCCAGAGGGAGCUGGAUGCCACUGAAGUUUUCCUGACCCGGUCUGCUCGCGGGAACAGAGUGGGCUGCAUGUACAUCCGCUGCGCUCCGACAGCGAGGUUCACAGUGCUCUUCUCUCAUGGGAACGCAGUGGAUCUGGGCCAGAUGAGCAGUUUCUACAUCGGCCUUGGGACCCGAAUCAACUGCAACAUCUUCUCCUACGACUACUCGGGCUACGGCGUCAGCUCAGGCAAACCGUCGGAGAAGAACCUUUAUGCAGACAUCGACGCGGCGUGGCAGGCCCUACGCACGCGGUAUGGCAUCAGUCCGGAAAAUAUAAUCCUCUACGGGCAGAGCAUUGGCACGGUGCCCACAGUGGACUUGGCGUCGCGGUAUGAGUGUGCCGCCGUCAUCCUGCACUCUCCGCUCACCUCCGGCAUGCGCGUGGCCUUCCCAGACACCAAGAAGACCUACUGCUUCGACGCUUUCCCCAACAUCGAGAAGGUGUCCAAGAUCACGUCUCCGGUGCUGAUCAUCCAUGGGACGGAGGACGAGGUGAUAGAUUUUUCUCACGGUUUGGCCCUCUACGAGCGCUGCCCAAAGGCCGUGGAGCCGCUGUGGGUGGAGGGAGCCGGACACAACGACAUCGAACUGUACAGCCAGUACCUGGAGCGCCUGCGCAGGUUUAUCGGGCAGGAACUGGCAACCCAGCACACCUGAGACUUCACCUGUGCACUCAUCUCAUCAACAUCACUCUCUGUUUCAUUUUUUCCACUAUCUAGAUCUUGUUCUCUCCUUAUUUUCUCUUUUGCCUACCAUUUUCUUCCAUUCUUUUCUCUCUGUCUCGUCCGCUUCUAUUUUUUUUUUCUGCUUAUUUUUUUUUCUCUCGGUCAUCAUUCUCACACCUUUUCACUUUCGUCAUGUAGUUCUCUUUUAUUCUCUUUCUCUCUUGACGUCCUUCCGUCCCUCCAGACCGCCCAGCUCCAGCACGAGUGAGACGGCUGUCUGUAGAACAGGUGGAUCCCUGUUUUUGAAUGGACGUUGUUGCUUAUUUGGAGCGAGUUGAUGUGGAUUCUCUGCAACGGAGGUUUUCCGGUUGGCCUCUGGGUUUAAUCUUCACCGUCUCCGUGUCCGGAAGUGCGUUUGUACGAGGCAAAGCUCUCCGUUCUCUGGUUCUCUGAGGGCAGUACAAGGAUACAAGAAGCCAGGCCCGACACUCUACCUCCUGCCUGCUUACAUAGCUAAAAGUAAACAAAAUCCAUCGGGAAACCAGUUAGCGUGAUGCUGACUGGCACCCUACUAGCUUACGUGCAUAAUUAUGAGCAACCUAGUUAUGAGAAACAACUCAUGCCUUCUUGACAUCUGAUCUGAGAAACAUCUUCCAAAACUCAUUCAGAACAGGGCUUCAUGAUGUGGACGAAAUAGCAUUGCAGUUUUAUUGCUACAUAUUGUGAUACGAAUAUUGAUCUGCAUUAUACACUGAUACAUCAAAACACCCACAGAAGAUGAUUUGGAAGUUUGAUUGAUCAGCACACAGUAAAAAAAAAACACCAUGAUUGGUUAGAUUGGCAUAUUUGCCUUCUUUAGUAUCGGUAUUGCAAAGGCCAGUAUGAUAUAAUGAUUCAAACGAUAUAUCGUGCAGCCCUAUUUCCGAUUAUUGAAUUAAAAAAGUGACUUCCGUUAUUUUAUUUAUUUAUUUUUUUUAAUUCUGCAUAACUAAAUGUAAGAUGUAAACAGAGUCGUUCAGAGUGGUUUGGUGUGAAACGCUCAGUUCUGGAUAAACCCAGUCAGAAUUGUUCACAGUGGUGGUGAUAGGUACCAGACGUCCACCUCUAAAAGCUCCCUCAUAGAAAGUUAUUGUUUUGCAAUAGCUUUGAGAAAGUUUUGGCCACUCUAUUCAUGGCGGAGGGGUACAUGAGGCUAAAUAGUCCCAAAGAAAACGGAAUAUUUCAAAUUUUUCACUAUUUUCCAUCAUCAACAUUCCAUGUAAACCUCAGAAGACUCGUGUAGGUUCACUGGUGGUUUUGGAUAGUAAAUAAAAUAUCUACAUUUGUGUUGUAGUCAUGGUGACCCCUGGUUCCUAUCACCACCACUGUAAAGACAUCUGAGUCAAAUAUUUCAGAACAGACUACUCUGAGUUUACUUUAGUUAUGCAGAAAUUUUGAAAAAUCCGUGGAAUUCCCGUUUAUUAUUUGUUUUUAAAACCCAAAAAGGCUUUUGUGGGUUUUCAGCCACCAUAAACCAGCUUCAUUUCACCACCCACACAGCUGACUGAUCCUCCAGGUCCUUAGUAAGUUGACUGAUGAUCUGGUGGUGGGCUUGGCAUGAAUGUCUAGAAUUUCUCACCCCGAGGGCAGUUUCCCCAGCAGAUCCUGUUCUGAAAACAAGCCACCUGCAGGUGAUAUCAUCUCUUUUCCACGGAACUGGAUAGUUUCCCUUUCCAAACACGCUCUCGGGUUAGACGCAUUGUCUCUCUUUACGCAUAUGUGUGACAAAUCAUCGCUGUCAUAACAAAACCAUGUAACUCUGAGAUGGUAAAAUUAACUCAUUCAUGUUCAAAAGCUACAUUAAGUACCACAGAACUUGUUCUUACUGGUUUAAAAUGAUGAAAUUUAGCAAAGAUGUACUUCGGAGGAAGGUUUAACAGUACCAGGUUGAAUUUUUUUGAUUACAUGUAAUUUUGGAACUUUUAUUUUGUCAUUUUGUUCACAAUCGAAUUAGGCUUGUCUGUUUUUAAUUAAAAUCAGUAGUUUUAUUUGGCCAAAAGACUGAAUUUAAUGGCAAAUGAGAUGACGACCUCACUCUGUAGCCAUACAGUUUGACUGAUGUGAAAAAUUUCUUUAGAUUCAGAAGCUCAGAGAACCAGAUGGACUUAAAUGAGUUUAUGUAUAUGAAUGUAAGGAGAUUGUAUCACAUGUGGUCCAAUCAUCAUGAAAUGUUCACACAAACUAAAGGGCAGUUGGCAUUUUACAUUUUUAAAAUAGUUUUUUGUUCUGAUAUCAGUGAUAAGCUAGUCCCCACAUGUGUAGAAAUACAAUUAUGCCAGUAUGGUCACCCCAGGGAGGGUGCUGGUCACCGUCCACCAGUGUCUCUUUGUGGUCAAGCUGAACUGACACUGAGUGAGGAGACACUUGAUAUUUGAGCCCAAAGCAGAGCUGAAGCUGGUGAGCUGGAUUUCUUUCUAUUGUCUCCAGACAACCCCCAGUGCCUUUCUCCCAUCAUCAGAGGCCCCAGGCUAGCACUGAAUCAUCCGCUUCCCGUGAAGCCACCUGAGAUCACCUUAUAUGGAGCUCUAAGAACACCUGUUGGCCCUUUUUUAACCAGUGUAAGUCCACACCCAGAGAUAUUUCACGCCAUCAAAGCAAAGAUGUUUCUUCUGUCCGACGUUAGGUUAAAGCAAUACUCCAGCAUUUUUCCUAAUCUAAAAUGGUCGGUUACCACGGCAACUGCCCAUUUACUUCCAUUGUAAAUGCGUCUCGAGUCGACACGUUUUCUGUAUUUUUCUGGGUUUAAUGAAACGUGUCAGAAUGACGUCUGUUGUAACUGAUUUUAUGCUACAAAUGCAGGAGAUUAGAUUGAACAAAGUUUGGCCUGUCAAAGCAUGGAAACCUGUCCAGAUCGCUGAAUGAGACUCAAAUCUUCUUUGUUACCCCAAAGAAAUCUCCUCCAGGCAGCAGAAUUAUUCCUACACCUCUAUAUAUGUGGAAUGGGUGUUCCUCAGUACUCAGCCUUUUUCAUCAGAAGUGAUGGGGGUGGAAAAACCUCGGGAUAGACAGAUUCAGUAGAGAUAAGUCAUUUAAAUAUACCUUCUUUAUCUCAUGGACAAACAAAAACGUUUCUGGUUUGUCCUGUUUUAACACAUUUGUGUCCAACAGCUAAAUUCAUUAUGAUGAUAAAACUUGAUGGUAUAAUACUUUUCUACCCAAAUUAAUUUUGGGUUUUCUGUUGUUUUAUUAGAAACUAGUUGUCCCAUUUGACGAUUAGACUGAACUUAAUCAUAAAUUAAGUUGUAACCUCACUUUUUCGCCAUGUGGAUUGAUUGAUUUUAGGGGUCAUAUUUGUGAUCAGAGAACAUCUGGACCAAAUUUGAAAUUUCAGAUGUGGAUGCUGUGACUCAAAUCAAGUUAUCAGUCCCACACACCAACUCGUUUGUCUUGUAGGCAUUAUUAUCAUUGUGAUUAAUUUUUCAUCGCUUAUAGAUUUUUUGCUGUUAAGCAAAUUUUACAUGAAUUCAUUUAUGGUGUAGGUGUUUUUGAAGAGGAUUUAAGUAAUUAAAUGUGAUUUCUGAAA